AUGGAGGCCAGUCAGGAAACCUCCCUCUUCCUGGUGAAGAUCCUGGAGGAGCUGGACAGCAAGCAAAGCUCCGUGUCCUACCAGGACCUGUGCAAGUCCCUGUGCGCCCGCUUCGACCUGCCGCAGCUGGCCAGACUGAGGAGCCUGCUCUUCUACACGGCCUGCCUCGACCCCAGUUUUCCAGCCACUUUAUUCAAAGACAAGAUGAAAUGCACCGUGAACAACCAGCAGUCAAAGAAAAUCAUGGUGGCCGCGGACAUCGUGACGAUUUUCAACCUCAUCCAGAUGAACGGGGGUGCCGCCAAGGAGAAGCUGCCUACGGGCCGGCAGAAGGCGCGCAAGAAGGAGGCGUCCUUCGAGUCCUGCGGGCCGGACGCGGAGAUCUGCCACGCGGCCGAGUGCGAGCCCCUGAACUGCGAGCUGGACGGCGGGCCUUUCAGCCAGGGCUACCCCGCCAGGCAGCCGUCCAAGUGCCGGAAGGUGGACUGCAAGGACUGUCCGCAGUUUGUGCCUGCCUCCGAGCCCAACUUCUUGCUGGGCGUCAGCAAAGAGGCCAAAGCCCGCGCCGCCUCGCUGGACAGGCUGCAGGCCCUGGCCCCGUACUCGGUUGCCAGCCCUCAGCCCUGCGAGAUGCAGAGGACCUACUUCCCUAUGAACAUCGAGAAUGAGCCCAUCUCGGACCAGGACUCGCUGCCCAUCACCCAGAGCAUCAAGGAGGCCUUCCUCGCCCACGACGAGCCCUUCGUGGUCCCGUCCUGCGUCCAGAAAAGGAACAUCUUCAAAGAGGAUUUUCACAACCUGAUGACCGUGUCUCCCGGUUUGGUUGGCCCCGCUAACAAGGCAGAGGGGGAGCACGGGGAGCCCCCGAGCCGGAAGGAGCCCCACAAGACACCCUUCUUGAACCACAGCUUUGAAAUGCCCUACAACAGCCAGUACCUGAACCCUGUGUAUUCUCCCGUCCCCGACAAAAGGCGGGCGAAGCACGAAAGCUUAGAUGACCUUCAGGCCUCCACAUAUUUUGGACCCACCCCCGUGAUGGGGACCCCGGAAGCUAGGCGCUGCGUGGGAAGGCCCAGCAAGCAGACCCCCUGGCCAGCCAAAAGCUGGAGCCUGAACACGGAAGAGGUCCCUGACUUUGAACGGUCCUUUUUCCAUCGAAACCCUUCCGAGGAGAAGCUGCGCUAUCCAAAUGCCGGCGGCCAGUCGCCCAGCUUCCCGGCCCCAGACCAGCGGCCGGCUUACCUCACGCCAAAGGAGCAACAGCCGAUGCUCCCCAUCGGCUACGCAGCGAAACCCAGCGGGCUGAAAUCUAAGGAGAUCCCGUCCGCCCUUGACUUGGAGAAGCAUGAACCAGCGAAAAAGUUCAAGGACAAGAGUAUCAGCUGCACCAGUGGGCAGCUCAGCUCGGACACCAGCAGCGUGGGCACCCAGACCGAUCAGCACCUGCCAGAGCCCAAGAAAUGCAAAGACCUGGGUGCCUCGGGGCACUGCAGGUACGGGGACAGGCAUGCCAGGACGCAGUCGGACAACGACUCCGAGAUCGUCAGUGACGACAUCAGUGACAUUUUCCGAUUCCUCGAUGACAUGAGCAUCAGUGGCUCGACGGGAGUGAUACAGUCAUCCUGCUACAACAGCACCGGGUCCUUGUCUCAGCUUCACAAGUCGGACUGUGACAGUUCGCCAGAGCACAGCAUCCCCAAAGGGGCCAACGGGCUUCCCGGCAGCAAAGGAGAAAAGGGCAACCGGCCCGACAAUAGCCACCACUCGGAAGAGGAGCUGAAGACCAGCGUGUGCAAACUGGUGCUCCGGAUCGGCGAAAUUGAACGGAAGCUGGAAUCGCUGUCAGGUGUCCGCGAGGAAAUCUCCCACGUCUUGGGCAAGCUGAAUAAGUUGGAUCAGAAAAUGCAGCAGCCGGAGAAGGUGAGCGUGCAGAUCGACCUAAACUCCCUGACCAGCGAGGGUCCCUCCGACGAGAGCGCCUCUCCCCGGAUGUUCCGUGCGCACAGCGGCUCCCACGGGCCCAAACUGGAGAACGGCGCCGACUGGUGCUGCUCCGACGCCAGCGGAAGCAACAGCGAGAGCCUGCGAGUCAAGGCCCUGAAGAAAAGCCUCUUCACCAGGCCGUCCUCCAGGUCGCUGACGGAGGAGAACAGUGCCACCGAGUCCAAAAUCGCCAGCAUCUCCAACUCGCCCAGGGACUGGCGCACCAUCACCUAUGCCAGCCGCGGGGGCCUCGGCGAGGAGGAGGUCAAGGACAGAGGCCCUGGAGAGGGCAAGGACUGGCAUCGAAAAUCGAAGGAGGGGGUGGUCCUGGGCCCCAUCUCCUCCUACAUACGAGGCAGGCUGGUAAGAGCAGUGGUGGGCGAGGACCCGGCCGACAGGCAGCACGACGCAGCCCCCCAACACCGCCUGGCCAAGCAGCCCAAGGAUGGCUUCCUGGUGGAGCAGGUGUUCAGCCCGCACCCCUACCCGGCCUCCCUCAAGGCCCACCUGAAGAGCAACCCCCUGUACACGGACAUGCGGCUGACGGAGCUGGCGGAGGUGAAGCGGGGCCAGCCUUCCUGGACCCUGGAGGAGUUCCCCCGGAACGCGGGCGACAAGGGCAAGCUUGCAGCUCUGGAUCUGCAGACACAAGAAUCUUUAAAUCCAAACAACUUAGAGUACUGGAUGGAGGAUAUUUACACGCCAGGCUACGACUCGUUACUCAAACGCAAAGAAGCUGAGUUCCGGAGAGCCAGGGUCUGCAAGAUCGCGGCGCUGAUUGCCGCUGCCGCCUGUACGGUCAUCCUGGUCAUCGUCGUGCCCAUCUGCACCAUGAAAUCGUGA